CGGUGACGUCACCCGUCGGAGGCGCCGGGGGCUGUGCCGGAUGGCGCCGGCGGGGGGCCGGGUGCAGAUCUCCUUCCCGCAGCACGCGGCUGCGCUGCUCGAGUCCCUCAACCGCCUGCGCCUGGAGGGCAAGUUCUGCGACGUCCACGUCCACGUCGGUGGCCGCGUCUUCCCGGCCCACAAGAGCGUCCUGGCUGCUGCCUCCCCCUUCUUCCAUGACAAGCUCCUGCUGCAGGAUGGGGCCCGGCUGCUGCUGCCCCCCGCCAUCGACCCCGAAGCCUUCGAGGGGCUCCUGCACCUCAUCUACUCGGGGCGCUUGACCUUGCUGCUGGAGGCGCUGCCCGGUCAUCUCCUGGUGGCCAGCGGGCUCCAGAUGUGGCACGUGGUGGAUCAGUGCUCCGAGAUCCUCCGGGAGCUGGAGGGAGGAGCGGGGUGUCGGUGGGUGACAACGGCAUCAUCAUCGGCAGCAUCGGCAGCAAGUGGUCGUGGGGGUGAAGCUUCGUCGUCGUGCGUCACCCGUGGUGGAGAUGGGGCUUCGUGUGUUGGCCGUGGUGGAGAUGGGGCUUCGUGCAUCACCCAUGGGGGAGAUGGGGCUUCAGCAUCAUCCUGGACCACCCGUGGUGGAGAUGGAUCUUCAUGCAUCAGCCAUGGUGGAGAUGGGGCUUCAGCAUCAUCCUGGACCACCCGUGGUGGAGAUGGCUCUUCCUGCACCAGCCACCCUGGCGAUGGAGCAUCCUUGUGUCCCACCCGUGGUGCUGAUGGAGCGUUAUGGUCCACCCGUGGUGCUGAUGGGUCUUCAUCCUCCUCAUGGCCCACCCGUAGUGGCGAGAGCUCCUCGUAUCCCACCCGCGGUGGCGAUGGCACAUCCUCAUGGUCUGCCCGUGGUGGGGAUGGAUCCUCAUCAUCCUCGUGGGCCAAGGAGGGGGGUGAGGAGGUCCUCAAGAUCUGCGUGGAGGAGGAGGAGGAGGAAGAAGAAGAAGAGGAUGAAGACGGCGCCCACCGCGCCGCUGACGCCCUCCAGAUCGUGCUGGAGGAGGAGGAGGACGACGACGACGGAGCACCCAGAGACACCCACGACCCCCCUAAGAUCUUCUACAUCAAGCAAGAAGUGGGUGACACCACCACCACCACCGACGGCCUCGCGCCCGCAUCCGAGCUGAGCUACAUCCUCCCACCCGGCGCCGGUGCCGGCGCCGCGCUGGUGACCACCACAGGAGCCAUCUUCAACCAAGCCUCUUGGAAGCCUGUGGACCUUCACGGCAACGAGAUCCUGGGCCGGGCUCCGGCUCUCCAUGCGCCGGUGAAGCUGGGAGCGGCUCCGGAUGGGAAGCGUUUCGGAUGCUUGUGCGGGAAGCGUUUUGCCGUCAAGCCCAAGCGGGACCGGCACAUCAUGUUGACCUUCAGCUUGAGGCCUUUCUCCUGCGGCGCUUGCCACAAGCGCUUCAAGCUGAAGCAUCACUUGACGGAGCACAUGAAGACCCACGAUGGACCCGGGCGGGCGUGCGAGCGCUGCGGGACCCGCUUCCGCCUGCGCAGCGGGCUCGACAAGCACCGGCCCCUGUGCCAGGGCCCGCGCUGGGCACCGGGGUGCUGGGCUUGUGAGUGAUGGGGACCGGGCGGCUCUGGGGGUGGGGAAGGCUCUGGGACCAGUUUAAGGCACUGGGACCUGUUUAAGGAUCUGGUCCCAGUACAAGGCUCUGGUCCCAGUUUAAGGCUCUGGGACUGGUUCAGGCUCUGGGACCAGUUCAGGGAUCUGGGACCAGUUUCAGGCUCUGGGACCAGGUCAUGGUCUGGGUCCCAGUUUAAGGCUCUGGUCCCAGUUUAAGGCUCUGGUCCCAGUUCAGGCUCUAGUCCCAGUUUAAGGCUCUGGGACCAGUUUAAGGCUCUGGGACAGGUUCAGCUCUGGGACCAGUUCAGGCUCUGGUCCCAGUUUAAGGCUCUGGUCCCAGCUUAAGGGUCUGGUCCCAGUUUAAGGCUCUGGUCCCAGUUUAAGGCUCUGGUUCCAGUUCAAGGCUCUGGUCCCAGUUCAAGGCUCUGGUCCCAGUACAAGGCUCUGGUCCCAGUUCAGGCUCUGGUCCCAGUUCAAGGCUCUGGUCUCAGUUUAGGCUCUAGUCCCAGUUUAAGGCUCUGGUCCCAGCUUAAGGCUCUGGGACUGGGUCAGGUUCUGGGACCGGUUUAAGGCUUUGGUCCCAAUUUAAGUCUCUGCUCCCAGUUCAGGCUCUAGUCCCAGUUUAAGGCUCUGGUCCAAGUUUAAGGCUCUGGUCCCAGUUUAAGGCUCUGGGACCAGGUCAGGCUCUGGUCCCAGUUCAAGGCUCUGGUCCCAGUUUAAGGCUCUGCAACCAGGUCAGGCUCUGGUCCCAGUACAAGGCUCUGGUCCCAGUUCAGGCUCUAGCCCCAGUUUAAGGCUCUGGUCCCAGUUCAAGACUCUAGUCCCAGUUUAAGGCUCUGGGACCAGGUCAGGCUCUGGUCCCAGUUCAGGCUCUAGUCCCAGUUUAAGGCUCUGGUCCCAGUUCAAGGCUCUGGUCCCAGUUUAAGGCUCUGGUCCCAGUUUAAGGCUUUGGUCUCAGUUCAAGGCUCUGGUCCCAGUUUAAGGCUCUGGUCCCAGUUUAAGGCUCUGGUCCCAGUUCAGGCUCUAGUCCCAGUUUAAGGCUCUGGUCCCAGUUUAAGGCUUUGGUCUCAGUUCAAGGCUCUGGUCCCAGUUUAAGGCUCUGGUCCCAGUUUAAGGCUCUGGUCCCAGUUCAGGCUCUGGUCCCAGUUCAAGGCUUUGGUCUCAGUUCAAGGCUCUGGUCCCAGUUUAAGGCUCUGGUCCCAGUUUAAGGCUCUGGUCCCAGUUCAGGCUCUGGUCCCAGUUCAAGGCUUUGGUCUCAGUUCAAGGCUCUGGUCCCAGUUCAAGGCUCUGGUUCCAGUUCAAGGCUCUGGUCCCAGUUCAAGGCUCUGGUCCAAGUUUCAGGCUCUGGUCCCAGUUUAGGCUCUGGUUCUAGUUCAGGCUCUGGUCCCAGUUUAGGGCUCUGGUCCCAGUUUAAGGCUCUGGGACCAGUUCAGGCUCUGGUCCCAGUUCAAGGCUCUGGUCCCAGUUCAAGGCUCUGGUCCCAGUUUAAGGCUCUGGUCCCAGUUCAAGGCUCUGGUCCCAGUUCAGGCUCUAGUCCCAGUUUAAGGCUCUGGGACUGGUUCAGCUCUGGGACCGGUUCAGGCUCUGGUCCCAGUUCAAGGCUCUGGUCCCAGUUCAAGGCUCUGGUCCCAGUUUAGGGCUCUGGUCCCUUUAAGGUUCUGGCCUUAUCCCACCUCCGCUUCCCCACCUCCCAAUCAGCGCACGCAGAGCGGGCCGCAACAGCCAAUAGGGGCGCGUGGGGCGGGACAAGCGUCGCUGUGGCAACAGGAGCGGGUGCGCCGGGUCCUUGUGCCCGCCCGCUGCCCCGGCGUGUCCACGCCGUCCCUGCCCUCCCCAAGGGGGGACCCCCGUGUCCCCAAGUGCCACCCCAACAGGACACGGUGCCACCGGCGAUGUCACCCCACGAGCUUUAAUGGGCUGAAACGGUGCAAAAAAAGGGGCAAAGCUGUAAAAAGAAAGAAAAUAAAAGAGUUUGGGUACCAGGA